ACAUAGGGGGACACGCUGAGAUUGGUGACAUGGAGGAUUACAAAGUGACGCUGGACGGUCCAGCCCCAUGGGGCUUCAGACUGCAGGGGGGAAAGGAUUUUAACAUGCCGCUUUCCAUCUCCCGGCUGACACCAGCGGGAAAAGCUGAACUGGCUGGCGUUAAUGUGGGGGACUGGUUAUUACAGAUUGAUGGAGAGAGCACAACAAAUAUGACUCACAUCGAGGCCCAGAACAAGAUCCGAGCCUGCAGCAACAAGCUGGGUUUAGUUCUGAGCAGGUUCUCAAUGGGAUUGAGUAAUCAGCCAAAGGUGGAGAACAUAGAAAAGGUUGGUGUAAACCCCAAAGAGCAGAACGUUUCCAAGGUCCUGAACGGAGUGAACCACCCCUCUUUUGACGCAUUUCUUUUAGACGACAAGCACUCUCUUAGGAUGGAAUACCAACCAGCCUUCCUUUCUAAUGACUCCAGUAAAAAGAGGCUCAUGGAGGACACCGAGGAUUGGAAGCCUCGUACAGGGACUACUCAGUCCCGCUCCUUCCGCAUCCUGGCACAGCUCACUGGCACAGAUUUCAUGCAAGACCCUGAUGAUGAACAAAUGAAAAGAAUGAGCAGUCAUCCUAGGACAGAAAGUCCUGCACCUUGGGGGCAUGCCACGGAUUUUCCACCCCCUCCUCCACUUUCUACUGGACCGGCAGUCCGUCCUCCAUGGACCACUGAUGCCUCCUUUGCUGAGCGCUAUGCCCCAGACAAAACUACCACUGUAAUGACUAAGCACAGUCAGCCAGCGACUCCAACUCCAGUGCAGAAUCGCAGUUCAAUCAUGCAGGCUGCACAGCCUGCUCCUUCUGGGGAGAAGACUCCUAUUUGCUCCCAGUGUAACAAGGUCAUUAGAGGAAGGUAUCUACUAGCACUGGGCCGUUACUAUCAUCCUGAGGAGUUUACCUGUUCACAGUGCCACAAAGUGGUUGAGGAAGGAGGAUUCUUUGAAGAAAAGGGAUCCAUAUUCUGUCCAAGAUGCUAUGAUGUCCGGUUUGCUCCUAAUUGUGCCAAGUGCAAAAAGAAGAUUACAGGGGAGAUCAUGCAUGCUUUAAAAAUGACUUGGCAUGUUCAGUGUUUCACUUGUGCCUUCUGUAAGGCCCCCAUUCGCAACAGAGCUUUUUACAUGGAGGAAGGGCAGCCCUACUGUGAAAAAGAUUAUGAGAAGAUGUUUGGCACUAAGUGUCGGGGCUGUGACUUUAAGAUUGAUGCCGGUGAUCGUUUCUUGGAAGCUUUAGGAUUCAGCUGGCAUGACACCUGUUUUGUGUGUGCGAUCUGUCAGAUGAACCUUGAAGGCAAGACAUUUUACUCGAAGAAGGACAAGCCUCUGUGCAAGACUCAUGCCUUUUCUAAUGUCUGAGUAGUUGGUUUAACUGCACGCUGGUAUACAUACACUAUCACAGACACGCACACAUCAUACACAAUAUAGCUACCUGCAUGAUGUAAAGGAUUCAUAGGAACCUUGAUGGGUUGCAGACCCAUAGACACAAUAAGUUAUGUUAGGAACCUGCAGUAAAUGAAGAACAGGCUGUAUUACAGUCACAUUUCAGCUUUAAACUGAAGAUUUAGACUAUUAUAACAAUAGGUGCUAAUCCUUAAUAAUAAGUGAUAGAUGUCUCUGCAGUUUCUUUUGAUCACUUACAUU